AUGCGGGACCUGACUCUAAACGUUGCCGGCUCGCGAUGUAUCUCGGGAACGGCCGCUCCGAUCGGGAUGAAACUUGGCGGGUCGGCGGAGGGGGCGGCCGCGAUUUCGGCGCCGCGAGCGGAACCGCCCCCGACCUUGGGGGGCGGAGUUACCGCCCCCGAAAGAACUUUUUUCCGGAAAAUGGCGGAAACGAUGUCGGAUCCGGGUAAAACGGGGUCGGAAACCGUACCUUUGGGGCGGAAAUUCGCUCCGUUUCUCGCUACGACGAACCGUUUCCGAGACACGGCGGUAAGAUCGAACGCGGUCGCGGCGGCGGAAAACAAUUGGAACGAUCUAGCGGUUUGGACCGAUUUUACAAAUUUUGAUGAUUACAAAAAUGUCAUGUCAAAAAACGGCGAAUGGGGUUCCGCCAUGGAAGUUUUCGCACUUUCUUCGUUUUAUAAUAGGAGGUUUUUGAUCAUCGAAAAUGGAAAAAUUCUCUUAGAUCAGGGAAGAAUGGACGAUACCAAUCCGAUUUUGUUAAGAUACAGUGGACACAAUCAUUACGAUUGGAAAAUCGAAGGAUACGUUGUCAGGGUAGAAUUCCAAAAACGCGGCGCUCCGCACGCGCAUAUCCUUCUCUAUUUGUCCAGAGAAGACGUUCCCGUUUCGGGAGAGGAUGUGGAUAGGGUCAUUUGGGCGAGAUGGCCCGAACCUUCGGACGGUAACGGUUUCGAAUCGCUUCGUCACUUGGUCAACACGUUCUUGAUACAUAACAAGUGCGAUAUCGAACCGGAAAACGUCGAACAGGAAAUCGACGACAAUGACGAGGAGGAGGAACAAGAGGGGGUGAUAGGUGUCGAAAAUUCGAGGGUCAGAAGACCGCCUUGCUGGACCGUUGUCGAUCGAUGCCGGUGGAAAUAUCCGAAACAGCAAAUAUCGAGCACCGUUUUUAAGAUCGAGAAGCAAAUUCUUUACAGACGUCCUCCGGGUGUUUGCUUUUUUAACAGGCAACAAAAUCGUUUCGUCGGCAACGAAUUUGGAACUUUGCGUCGGAAACCCGAUCCAGCGAACAUCCAAUGCGUUGAGAUGCAAGUGAAUACGACCACCGGUACGAUCGAUUGGAACGAGGCGGCGGCAUUCCUUAAAAUGAGAUAUAUCGGACCGCACGAGGCGGUCUAUCGCAUCUUGGGAAAUGGCAUGUUCCAUAUCAGUCACACGAUCGAAAAGUUGCCCGUGCAUUUGGAAGGAGAGGCUUGUGAAAUUUACAGGGAAGGGGACGAGGUGGCCGUAGUCGAAAGGGGCGAGCGUUCUAAGCUCGUCGCUUGGUUCGAAUUGAACGCGGCGGAGGAGGCGAGUAGUUAUUCUAACGCGGGACUAAUAACUACUGAGGCGACGGGUCGGCGACGGUUCUACGUCGACAUCGUUGAAACGCACUCUUGGCGGCAAGGUCGUUGGGUCGCCAAGUCGCGACCCACCAGUUCUAUAGGUCGUAUGAGUCCGGUUUAUCCGAGUCCGGGGAAUAUGGAGCGCUACUAUCUACGAAUGAUUUUGGGCAACGUGACAGGUUUGAUUUCGUUCGUGGACGCGAAAACCGUAAACGGCGUUUUAUGUCCUUCGUAUCAGGCCGCUUGCGUAGCGUUAAAAUUGAUCCCGGACGACGACGAAGAGGCGGACAAGAUUUUAGAUUGGAUAGCGGAUCGUCUUCGUCAUCCGUUUUAUUUAAGGGAAGCGUUCGCUCUAAUUCUCUUGUACAAUCCGUCGAAGAAUCCCCGAACUUUAUUUAAGAGAUGGUGCAGGCGUAUGUCCGCUUACGUGCUUAGGAUUCAUAUCGAUUUAAUCAGAGAUAUCGACGAAGAGGGCGCGGGCGACUUAAACGAAAGGAUGCACGUGCUCCGUACGUGUCGGUAUACGGUCCUUUGGAGUCUCGUAGAUCGAUUUCUGGUCGAAUGCUCCACUUCGAUGGAAAAAAUUAAUCUUCCUCGGGAUUGGAUUUCCGAUUGGGUUUACGACGAGGAGGCGGAACAACUUUUGGACGAGGAAGAGGUUUUGUUCGAGGAAUUCGCUUUCGUUCCGAGACCGAAUCAAAAUUUGCAUCUGGUCGAUCUCAACGAUCAACAGCUGGGAUUCGUUUACGAGGUUUUACAGUGUGUAUGCAAUCGUAACCGUAUCGUUUUCGUUUUGACCGGCGUAGGGGGCACCGACAAAACCGCGACCGUCAACGUUAUUUUGGAAGUGGCGGAACUUCGCGCGUUACCGUACGUAUCCGCGGCUUUUACGGGGAUCGCGGCCACGUUAAUCCGGAACGCGGCUACGAUUCAUUCUUCUUUCGGCAUUCCUAGAGAAAGAGGCGUAGACGAUACGCCGGUUUCUAAUUUGGUGGGCGAGUCGGAGGCGGCCGACGAUAUUCGAAACGCAAGACUCGUCGUGUUAGACGAGGUGUUUAUGUUGGUGUCGUGGAUGUUGGAAAUGAUCGAUGCCGUGUGUCGGGAAUACGGUCAAUCGCGACGGCCGUUCGGUGGGAAAACCGUUAUUCUUAGCGGCGAUCCCAAGCAGUUGCUUCCCGUUGUCAAGGGUAGGCGAGCGGGAAUGGCGUCCAUCGUUUCGCAUCCGGCAUGGAGUACUUUUCAACUGUGCAUGUUAACGGAAAACAUGCGUGUUCAUCCGCAAGAGGUGGAAUGGUCAAAUUUCAUCAGGAGAGUAGGCGACGGGGAAAGAAUCGUUUCGGACAACGGACGCGAACCGAUUUCCGAUAACUGUCUGUUCGUUCCUUCCAAAUUAAUUGUCAAAUCGCGCGAACAACUCGUCGACUUUGUUUACGGGGACGUCUUCGAAUCGAUACUCGCUCUUCCCGGGACGAACGAGCGAUUCUUGGAAUUAGCCGAGCGAUUGGCCCUCCGGUCGAUCCUUUGUCCCGUGAACAGCGAGGUCGAGGAGUUGAACGAAAUCAUCUCAAAGAUCUUCCCCGAUCCGUCAGGAUCGGAGAGGGUCUUUUUGGCGACCAAUUCCUACGAUAGACAGAGUAACGAGGAUGGGGCCGACGAUCACGAAAUCGCCAUUCCCCUCGCGACGGGAGUCACCAGUGAAAUUAUCGAAAGUUUAGAUUAG